AUGACGUUUUGCGAUGCUACCAGUUUCAUUGUAACGAGUUAUGGUUUUUUCAGAAGCACCUACACAAAUUUCGAAGGCAAGACAGCCUACGCAGCCUUAACCCAUUUCGAGACGAGUGAUGCCCGAAGAUGUUUUCCUUGCUGGGACGAGCCCUCAUUCAAGGCCACUUUUACGAUCAUUCUUUUGGUUCCACAGGGCUACACAGGAAUAUCGAACAUGACCGUCAAAUUUGGUGUCAAACAAGGAGACUUCAGGUGCAUCGAGUUCGAUCCAACUCCUCCUAUGUCGACAUAUAUGUUGGCAGUAGUCAUAGGUGAGUACGACUACGUGCAACUUUUGAGCAGUGACGGCGUACGUGUCAGGGUCUACACACCUCUUGGUAAAAAAGACUUUGGCAGAUUUGCAGUCGGAGUCACAUCUAAAGUCUUACCGUACUACAAGGAAUUUUUCGACAUGAAAUAUCCACUACCAAAGCUUGAUCUGGUCGCCGUCCCCGAAUUUCCAGCCGGUGCAAGCGAAUGCUGGGGCCUGCUGGCAUUCAGAGAUUCCGCCCUUCUCCUGGACGAAGUCAACGCGAGCGAUACGACAAAACAGUGGUGCUGUCUAUUGUUGGCGCACGUAGCUGCCACCCAAUGGUUCGGAGGAAUGGUGACACCGAGCUGGUGGACCGAAUCCUGGAUGUACGAAGGAUUUGCGCAGUAUGCAGAGUUUUUGUGCAUUCAACAAUUGUAUCCAGAGUAUGCGGUGUCCAGUCAGUUUCUGCAGGAUACUGCCUGGCGUGCCUUAGAUGCAGAUUCUUUGAGAAUUGCAAAACCUUUGCUGAAUCAUCCUUCGGAUCCUAUUGAAUCUGUUCUGGACGAUUCUUCAACUGAUAACGAAUUGAGGAGUGAUAAGGCUGCCACUUUAAUGAGGACACUGCACUCUUACGUAGGUGACAACAAUUUCCACAAGGGCAUCAACAUGUUCCUGACCAAAAAUAAAUUCAACACGGCAUCUUCCGGGGACUUCUGGAAAGCUUUAGAGCCAUCUGCCAGUGGCCGAACUGAUGUCAACCUGGACAUUCCAACCAGGUUAUCCUCUGAUCAGAGUGUUCGAAGUUCACCAGGGCGAAACCAGAAAUAUCACUUUGACUCAGGAGAGAUUCUUUUGCAGACGGUUGCUCAUUCAAUCCUGAUGGAAUCUCCGACGUUAGAAGUUCAAUUAAACAACGUAUCACGCGGUGACUGGAUCAAGGUGAAUCCAGGUUGCACAGGAUAUUACAGGUGUGUCUAUUCACCUUUUGCUGUCAGACACUUUUCCAAAGCUAUCAAGGAUGCCAGGUUGCCGCCCAACGACAGUUGGGACUGA